AUGGUUCUGAGUUUGUUGNUACCUGGUUUAUUAUCACCAGAUGAAGAUGCUUCUGCGCCUGGACCAGGCGAAUCCUCUCAGUCCGGUGAUGAUGAAGUUGCUCCUGACACCAUCGUCCCGGCCAAUUUCGACCAUCCUAAAGAUAUUGAGAGUGAUGAUGAUGAUAAAGUGGUUCAUGGUAAAAAAAGUUGUUCUUCCAUGACAAAAUCUAAUCUGUUUUGUUUAGUGNAGUCCACGGGAUGGUUCGAUAUUCAGGAGAAACCCUCUGCUAAUUAUCAGAAAUGGGCUGAUUCCAAAUCCUUUUCUUUGGGUGAUUUCCUCAUUUUCAACACGGACAGCAACCAUUCGGUGGUACAGACAUAUGAUUUCAAAACAUACAAAGAAUGUGAUUACGACAACAAUGAAGACAAUAGUACAACAGAGUGGUCAGCUGCAAAUCCUUCAUCAACAUCUCCCGUUCCCGUCUCAAUAAGUGUUCCUCUUGUUAAAGAAGGUUCCAACUAUUUCUUCUCAGGAGCUUAUGAUGGCGAUCAAUGUAAAUUCGGGCAGCAUUUUAUGAUCAAUGUAACACAUGGUCAGGGCUUACCUGGUUUAUUAUCACCAGAUGAAGAUGCUUCUGCGCCUGGACCAGGCGAAUCCUCUCAGUCCGGUGAUGAUGAAGUUGCUCCUGACACCAUCGUCCCGGCCAAUUUCGACCAUCCUAAAGAUAUUGAGAGUGAUGAUGAUGAUAAAGUGGUUCAUGGUAAAAAAAGUUGUUCUUCCAUGACAAAAUCUAAUCUGUUUUGUUUAGUGUUUAUGGGAUUCUUUGCAUCAUUUUAAUCAAAAAUCUUCUUCUUCAUAACUAGAAUAUUUGUAUGUAUUGAGCCUUCUGUUUUCUAAAGAUACCCUAGUAA